ACGCAUCUUUGGUAGUGGUUGUGAAAGAGAUGCGUGGAUUAGAUCUGCACACGGUUUUCUGAGUCUAUUCAGUGGCUGUAGUUUAUUGGUAAAUCCCACACUUCGCUGUGGAGACCUGGGCUCGAAUCCCAGCAGCCACUUCAUGCAUUUCAAUCUCUGUGGAUGCUUCCUUACCAUACUUCAACAUGGGUAAGGAAAAGGUCCACAUCAACAUCGUGGUCAUUGGCCAUGUCGACUCUGGGAAGUCAACCACCACUGGUCACUUGAUCUACAAGCUUGGAGGUAUUGACAAGCGUGUGAUUGAGAGGUUUGAGAAGGAAGCUGCCGAGAUGAACAAAAGGUCAUUCAAGUACGCCUGGGUGCUUGACAAGCUCAAGGCUGAGCGUGAGCGUGGUAUCACCAUUGAUAUUGCUCUCUGGAAAUUUGAGACCACCAAGUACUACUGCACGGUCAUUGAUGCCCCUGGACAUCGUGAUUUCAUUAAGAACAUGAUUACUGGUACCUCCCAGGCUGAUUGUGCUGUCCUCAUCAUCGACUCCACCACUGGUGGUUUUGAAGCUGGUAUCUCUAAGGAUGGCCAGACCCGUGAGCAUGCUCUUCUUGCUUUCACCCUUGGUGUCAAGCAAAUGAUUUGCUGCUGCAACAAGAUGGAUGCCACUACCCCGAAGUACUCAAAGGCUAGGUAUGAUGAAAUUGUAAAGGAAGUUUCUUCUUACUUGAAGAAGGUUGGGUACAACCCUGACAAGGUCCCAUUCGUUCCAAUCUCUGGUUUUGAGGGUGACAACAUGAUUGAGAGGUCCACCAACCUUGACUGGUACAAGGGCCCUACUCUUCUUGACGCCCUUGACAACAUCAACGAGCCCAAGAGGCCAACAGACAAGCCCCUCCGUCUCCCACUUCAGGAUGUGUACAAGAUUGGUGGUAUUGGAACUGUGCCAGUGGGCAGGGUUGAGACUGGUGUGAUCAAGCCAGGUAUGGUUGUAACCUUUGGUCCUACUGGUCUGACCACUGAGGUAAAGUCUGUGGAGAUGCACCAUGAAGCUCUCCAGGAGGCUCUGCCCGGUGACAACGUUGGGUUCAACGUGAAGAAUGUUGCUGUGAAGGAUCUCAAGCGUGGUUUUGUUGCAUCCAACUCCAAAGAUGACCCAGCCAAGGAGGCUGCCAACUUCACAUCCCAGGUCAUCAUCAUGAACCACCCGGGGCAGAUUGGAAACGGUUAUGCCCCAGUGCUGGAUUGCCACACCUCCCACAUUGCUGUCAAGUUCUCUGAGAUCCUGACCAAGAUUGACAGGCGAUCUGGCAAGGAGAUUGAGAAGGAGCCCAAGUUUUUGAAGAAUGGUGAUGCUGGGUUCGUGAAGAUGAUUCCCACCAAGCCCAUGGUUGUGGAGACAUUCUCUGAGUACCCGCCUCUUGGAAGGUUUGCCGUGAGAGACAUGAGGCAGACUGUUGCUGUUGGUGUGAUCAAGGCUGUGGAGAAGAAGGACCCAACUGGCGCCAAGGUCACCAAGGCUGCUGCUAAGAAGAAGUGAUGUUUUGUGAGUUGCAGAGUACUCUCUGUUUCUGUCGUACGUUUCCUAGACAGUUGGUUUUUGCAUUGGAUGUUGAAGCAGUUUUGUGAACGGGUUACAAUUUCGGAUUAUGGUUUUGUUUUAAUGGUUGUCAAGGCAUUUUCGGGUAUCAACUGUGCUUUGUUCGUGCUUUCUGAUGUGUGCUUUGUAGUAGUUGAUGAGUGGAUCUUUAUGUAUAAUAAUCCGAUCAAGAUCUAGACUAAGUGGUUUGGUGCCAUAGAGAGAAUAGAAUGCCGCCUGUACUCGUUCCUGUUAGGUUAAUUGGUACAGGUGUUUAGCUCGUGGCAUUCUACUCAUUGGAUUGCUGAUUGUUGAUACCGCAAAACUGUGACUCGAUAAUAAUUCGUCUUGCGAACCUUGGAAAUAAAAGUUGCCGGUUGCCGUAGUAA